GGGCCGGAUGCAUUAUUUGAUAUUCAGGCAGUUCUUGCUAUCUGUGUGAGGAUUCAUACCCCAAAGUUGAUAGUAGGCUCUUGUGAGGGUGGCUCAGCUGUUUUCAGGCUGGACUACAAAGGGCAACCAGCAUGUCUAGCUCAGUCACCUCAACUUCACAAGCAAAUGGCAAUUUGUGGUGGUUUUGGCCGUGUUUUUGAGGUAGGUUCAGUUUUCAGAGCUGAGGAUUCCUUUACCCACAGACACUUGUGCGAGUUUACAGGUCUUGAUGUUGAGAUGGAGAUCAAGGAGCACUAUUCUGAGGUUAUGGACAUCGUGGACCGCUUGUUUGUUGAAUUGUUCGACAGUUUGAAUGAAAGAUGUCAGAAAGAGCUUGAAGCCGUUAGAGAACAACAUCCAUUUGAGCCUUUAAAGGAAGUUGGCACCAAAAUUGAUCCUCUAGGGGACCUGAAUGCAUAAUCUGAGAGCAAACUGGGGCAACUUGUUUUGGAGAAGUAUGGCACUGAGUUCUUUAUACUUCACCGAUAUCCAUUGGCUGUUUGACCAUUCUAUACCAUGCCUUGCAGUGAUGAUCCAACUUACAACAAUUCAUUUAAUGUAUUCAUUCGAGGGGAGGAGAUAAUUUCAGGAGGUCAGCGGGUCCACCUACCUAAUCGUUUGGCAAAACGUGCAGAAGCCUGUGGGAUAGAUGUCAAAACAAUAUCAACAUAUGUGGAUUCCUUCCGGUAUUUUCAAAAUUGACCAUUUUGCUCUUCACAUUUUUUUCCCUUUCGUAAUUGCUCUUGUUUUUGCAAGAAGUUUGGCCCCUGCAUCGGCCUGUCUUGUGAAUACACUAUUCGUGGGUAUGUCUUUGUGACCUCUCAUUGUGCUUGCUAAUCAAACCACUUGU